UACAAAACAUUCCAUCACUGACGUCACUGCCUAGCACACGUGUGGUUUUGGUGGUGUGGACCUUGACGCGGGGCUCGACGAAAAGUUUUUGUCCGAAAACUGCAAAUCGUUGCUGCACGCGGUUUUUAAAUCUGCGCUUUUACGUUGACAGAGAGACGCAUGGUGUUUGGUGAUAAACCAAUAGUAAUUUUUAGAAUCAUGGCAAGGAAGAAAACCACGGAAAACAUUCAAGCCAAGAACAACAACAACAAUGCGUCGUCAAGCGGUGUGAAAAAGAAACGGAAAAGCGACACCACAAGCGAAACGCUCACUAAGAAGCUGAAAGCCAAAAAAGAUGAAAAAGCCUCAGGGACAGGAAACAAGCCACCUUGCCUGAAGUGUUCGGGGGAUCAAAAGAAGGGAAACCAUGGGAGCAUACUGCACUACUUCUACAAGAACUCCCUCGGCCAGAGCAUUCACUCACACCUGCGACAGUGUCUGCAGGAGCCGUUCGUGCGCUCGCUGGCCUCCUACAGGGUCCACAGCACGGCCAGCCCGUUCGACCGCAGGGUCACCUGCCUAGAGUGGCACCCCACGCUCCCCACCACCCUGGCUGUGGGCUCCAAGGGGGGAGACAUCGUACUGUGGGACUACAACGGACCCAACAAGAUGUCCUUUGUGCAAGGGAAAGGAGCAGGUGAUUUCAUUGGUGGGAUGAAGUUCUGUCCGUCGGACUCGUCGAGAGUCUAUGCGGCUUCGGGUGACGGUUCCCUGACUCUGCAGAGCUUUCAGGGUCUCCCCUCACAGACCCUCUCCAGAGCCCAGGACUGUGGCCACACUCACCAUAAUGUGUGUUACUGGUAUUGCUGCGUUGAUGUGUCCGCUAGCCGCCAGAUGCUAGCAACAGGGGACAACACCGGACGACUCGUCCUUCUGGGCUUGGAUGGCCACAAGAUAUUUGAGGACAAGCUACACAAAGCCAAACUGACACAUGCAGAGUUCAACCCCCGCUGUGACUGGCUCUUGGCCACGGCGUCUGUCGACAGCACUGUCAAACUGUGGGACCUGAGAAACCUCAAGGACAAGAAGAGCUUUCUGCACGAAAUGCAGCACAACAAACCAGUUAACUCGGCCUAUUUCAACCCCACGGACAGCUCAAAGCUCCUCACCACAGACCAAGGGGAUGAGAUCAGGGUCUACGCCUCGUCUGAUUGGUCCAAGCCUGAGCACAUCAUUCAGCAUCCUCACAGGCAUUUCCAGCACAUCACGUCCAUCAAGGCCACCUGGCAUCCAAUAUAUGACCUCAUAGUAGCUGGCCGUUACCCUGACGACCGUAUCUGCGUUGGUGAUGUCAGGUCAGUGGACAUCUUCGAUGCCAACACAGGGGCUCUGGAGUGCCAGAUGCUGGACCCGAACACAAAGGGCAUCAUUUCUUUGAACAAGUUUAACCCCCUGGGAGAUGUGCUGGCCUCAGGAAUGGGCUUCAAUGUCCUGGUUUGGAACAGAGAAGACGUUGUGAAUGGCAUGCAGGAAAGCCUGCUGAAGAAGAGGAUGGAGGAGAACAGAGGCCAAGCUGGAACAUCUAGAACGCGAAGUCGUCAACAGCGCCCUCCCAGGGACAAAAAGGGAACUGCAGAAGAUUUGAAGCUGAAGAAAAAAUUGGCAUCGCUGGAGUCAACAGAGACCAAAUCCAAGACACAGAGGAACAGAAAGAAAUUGGAUUGAAACUCAGCCACGUCACAGUAUUUGUGCUGAAUACCUUUGAGAAAACCACUACGUAAUAUUACAAGUUACAGAGCUUUAUUUUUCAGAUUAGGAUCAAGGCUUUUGUGACCAGCCAAACAUUCCCUGCUGU